CCGCCCAGGCCCACCGCGACCUCAGGGGUGGCGGGUUUGGCCGCGAGUACAGGUCAUGGCGCUCACCGCGCGGUUCUGUCGCUCGUUCGCUUGGGGACGUCGGCUUCUGACGGGGGCUGCCGGCGGCCGCGGGCGGUGCGGCCCGGGGCGGCUCGGCGGCGCUGAGGUGAUAGGAUACCGAAGAGCUUUCAAAAGAAGCCUUUUAUUCUCAGCCUUGUCUUAUUUGGGUUUUGAAACUUAUCAACUCAUUUCCCAGGCUGCUUUGGUUCAUGCCACAGCCAAAGUCUUUAGAGUUGAAGAGAUCCUUGAACAAGCAGACUACCUAUAUGAAAGUGGAGAAACAGAAAAACUUUAUCAGCUGUUAACCCAAUACAAGGAAAGUGAAGAUGCAGAGUUACUGUGGCGUUUGGCACGGGCAUCACGGGAUACAGCUCAGCUUAGCAGCACCUCAGAAGAGGAGAAAAAGCUCUUGGUGUAUGAAGCUCUAGAGUAUGCAAAAAGAGCGCUAGAAAAAAAUGAAUCAAGUUUUGCAGCUCAUAAGUGGUAUGCAAUCUGCAUAAGUGAUGUUGGAGAUUAUGAAGGCAUCAGGGCUAAAAUUGCAAAUGCCUACACUAUCAAGGAGCAUUUUGAGAAAGCAAUUGAACUGAACCCUAAAGAUGCUACCUCAAUUCACCUCAUGGGUAUUUGGUGUUACACAUUUGCUGAAAUGCCUUGGUAUCAAAGAAGAAUUGCUAGAAUGCUGUUUGCGACCCCUCCCAGUUCCACCUACGAGGAGGCCUUAGGCUACUUUCACAGGGCAGAGCAAGGAAAGACAUAUCUGAAGCUACACAACAGAAAGCUGGCUGCUUUCUGGCUGAUGAAAGCCAGGGACCACCCAGCGCACACAGAGGAGGAUAAACAGGUAAAACGUCUCCAAUAAGGUAAGGCAGAUAGGUUUCUACUGAGGCACUAUUAAAUAAAGGUGAAUUGAGAACUUCUUUAAAAAUGUAAUUGUUUAAAUGCCUACUGGUGAAAACAAGAGUGUUCAUUUUAAACGUGAAUUCAGUGACAUUUACAUUAUAAUUUCUGCAUAGCAAGUGUUGAGUUACUAUCAACAAAUACGUUAUGAAUUACUUGCUGCGAUACAGAAUUAUUCCUGUUUGACAUAGAUAGCAGACCAAGUAAGAUUUCUAAAACAAAAAGACAAGGGAUGUGCACUAAUAUGGAAGAGUUCUCUGAGUCUCAUCAGUCACUGUUAAGAAAUUUUAUUCUUCUAAUGUGCUGUCUUGGUUUUUGGAUAGUCCACUGUAUGAACUUAAAUUUCACAAGUUGAUCCUUAUGCUGUACUGUUUAUUUAUAACGUGUGUUUUUCCAUUUUAGAUACAGACAGAAGCUGCUCAGUUGCUUACAGGUUUCAGUGACAAGAAUUGAGAAUUUUUCAAAGAAAGCAGAUGAAAUAUCUAAGAAACAUUGCCUUUUCAUCAAAUUAUAAAGAUAAUACAUUGACCAUAAC